AUCGCAGUGCGUGCCGUUAGGUCGUCGCAAGUCGCAUAUCCAGUAUCCGCCCCAUGCUUUGGAUAUAACUUCUCCGUUAAACCGAGAAAUUUCGGAACGCAAAAAGUUUCGGAAAGCAAAAGUUCAAAGCAAAUAAAAAAAAAGUUCAAGCCGCGACUUUGGGGCCAGCUCAUCGCAUUUGUCGAGCGGAAAAAAGUGUUAAUUGAAAAAUAAUCAGCUGCAAAAGAUGGCCACAGCCUGUCUGCCGGAAUACACGGAAAGUUUUCAAAUCCCAGAGCCAGAUUUAAGAACAAAUGAAAGUGGCGGCAGCACCAUUAGCCACAGAGAACCAUCCAAACCCAGUGGGUUCUUCUACAGCGCCAGCACACAUUACCAGAGUAAAGUGCAGCAGCUGAUCAGCUUCAGUUUCACCUCAUCGUUCCACCUGCUCUUCAUCACCUGCAUUCUGAGCAUCAGCAAGUUCUGCAAUGCGGCAGCGGUAAAUGCCGCCCAGGUCACGGCCGCCACGCCCACCGCCAGCGAGAUAAUGCACAAUCUGAGCGGAUCGGCACUGCUGGAGCGCCUGAAAGCCAGUACUCUUGGGCCGACCCUCGAUCAGCUGAAACACUUGGCUCCGGCGGCGGCCAACAGCAUAAGUCCUGGAAUCGGAUCGGGAAUGGGCAUCGGAAUGGGAAACUUUGGCAACUCCAUCAACUCGGUGUUCAACGGAAAUCCCUUGAAGUUCCUGAACGUCUCCGGCAAGAUCGGCACACCACUGGAUGUAUCGCUCGGUCUGUCCAACUACUGCGAUGAGAAGCAGUUCCAGUGUUCCUCCGGACAGUGUAUCCCCAUACGGUUCGUGUGCGACGGGGCCUCCGAUUGUCCGGACCACAGCGAUGAGCGACUGGAGGAGUGCAAGUUCACAGAAUCGACUUGCAGCCAGGACCAAUUCCGCUGCGGCACCGGAAAAUGCAUUCCGCAAAGAUGGGUCUGCGAUCGGGAAAACGACUGUGCCGAUGGAAGCGACGAAUCGAUAGCCCAGUGCCGGAGCACAACUUGUACGCCCGAGCAGUUUGCCUGCAAGUCGGGCGAGGGCGAGUGCAUUCCCUUGUCCUGGAUGUGCGAUGAGAACGAGGAUUGUCGCGAUGGAAGCGACGAGGCCCAGUGCAAUAGAACGUGUCGCUCGGAUGAGUUCACCUGUGGCAAUGGACGUUGCAUCCAGAACCGCUUCAAGUGCGACCAGGACGACGAUUGUGGCGACGAGUCGGAUGAAAAGGACUGCGGGGACAGACCGAAAUGCGGCCCCAAUUCCUUCACUUGCGCCAGUGGCACCUGCAUUUCCAAGGAAUGGGUCUGUGACGGGGAAAACGACUGUAACACUGGAGAGGAUGAGAGGCAAAACUGCACAACCAGCACCUCCGUAUGCCAGACAUCCGAGUUCCAGUGUUCGGAUAUGAUAACCUGCCUGCACAGAUCCUGGGUUUGCGAUGGCGAGGCAGAUUGUACCGACGGCGAGGACGAGUCGCCGGAGAAUUGCCCCAGCAUAUCCUGUCGUCCAGAUCAGUUCCAGUGCGACGAUCGCAGCUGCAUCGCUGGCCAGCUGACCUGCAAUGGACUGUUCGACUGUUCGGAUGGCAGUGAUGAGAAGAACUGCCAUAUCAAUAGGACGCCAAGGGAUUGCAACUCGACCAGCGAAUUCGAUUGCGGAGGAGGACAGUGCAUUCCCCUCUCGAAGGUCUGUGACCGGAGGAAGGAUUGUCCGAAUGGCGAGGACGAGCCCGCUGGCAAGUGUGGCAUCAAUGAGUGCUCCUCGGAUAAUGGCAAUUGCAUGCACCAGUGCGAGGAUCUGGCUGUGGGCCACCGCUGCGUCUGUCACGAUGGCUACAAAUUGGCCGAGGAUCAGCGCACCUGUGUUGAUAUCGAUGAGUGCGAGACCCCCGGGAUUUGCUCCCAGGUGUGCGUCAAUGAGAUUGGGGCCUUCAAGUGCGAAUGCGAGGCGGGCUACAUGCGACUGCUGAGGAAUCACACCAGGUGCAAGGCCAGCGAAGGACAUGCCUCGCUGCUCCUGGCCAGACGCCAUGACAUCCGUAAGAUAGCACUCGAUCGACCGGAAAUGACGUCCAUAGUGAAUAGUACAAAGGCUUCCACUGCCCUGGACUUUGUCUUCCGCACGGGGAUGAUCUUCUGGAGCGAUGUGUCCACGAAGAGCAUCUACAAGGCGCCCAUCGAUGAGGGUAGUGAGAAGACUGUGGUGCUGACCAAAUCCUCGGUGACCUCGGAUGGUCUGGCCGUGGAUUGGAUCUACAACCAUGUGUAUUACACAGACACCGAGAAGUGCGUCAUCGAACUGACCAACUUCGAGGGCAGCAUGGGCAAGGUCCUGGUGCAGGACGCGCUGGACAUUCCACGUUCCAUUGCCCUGGAUCCCAUUGAUGGCUGGAUGUACUGGUCUGAUUGGGGUGCCUCUCCUCGCAUUGAAAGAGCGGGAAUGGAUGGUUCCCAUCGCACUGCCAUUAUUAGCUACGAUGUCAAGUGGCCCAAUGGCAUCACUCUGGAUCUGGUGCAGAAACGCCUCUACUGGGUGGAUGGCAAGUUGAACUCCAUCUCGUCUGCCAACUAUGAUGGUUCGCAAAGGCGACAGGUGCUGUACUCCAGCGAAUAUCUGAAGCAUCCCUUCUCGAUCACCACCUUCGAGGAUUACAUCUACUGGACCGACUGGGACAAACAGACCGUCUUCAAGGCCAACAAGUUCAACGGGCAGGAAGUGCAGCCUGUCACAGCGCAUAUGUUGGAACAUCCGAUGGUGGUGCAUGUGUACCACCCCUACCGCCAACCCGACGGUGUCAACCACUGCCAGUCGGUGAAUGGCCAUUGCUCUCAUCUCUGCCUGCCAGCUCCCAGGAUUAACGAGCGGAGUCCUCGCAUAUCCUGCGCCUGUCCCACGGGCCUGAAACUGAUGCCCGACGGCCUCAUGUGCGUCGAAGAUCUGCGUAUCCCAAGUGUGCAGCCCACUGCACCGAGCCACCGGGCAACCAACCAGUCGUCCAUCUCAACCACAAAACUACCUCAAGAUGCGCACAGUGAAGCGCCGGUUGAAGCAAAAACCGGUGGCAAUAGCACAGACACAUCUGACAAGGUCGAUAAGUCUGCCCAAAAACCAGAGAAGGAUUACGGCCAAAUAGCUAUAAUUGUGAUAUGCGGUCUAACCAGCACAGCUUUAGCGGCUUGCGUAAUAUUUGUCGUAUAUCGACGCUGCACGCGGGCCGUGAACUCGAUGAACUUUGAGAAUCCCGUGUACCACAAGACCACGGAGGAUCACUUCAGACUGGAGAAGAACGUAACGCCGCAUAUGUACGCCACUGCCAUGGAGGAGGAGUCCCUCAAUCCCCUCUAUGAACCCGGCACCGAAUGUGUCUAAGGCCUGCCAAAGAUCCACUUAAAUGCAUAUCCAGCAAAAACUGGCCGGCUGACCGAGAAGACCUAUAAAGCACCGCCUACUAGUAAUUCCUUUUUGGACCAAGGCCCCAAAAAACUCAACUAAAUAAGUGAAAGUUCAGUGUGAGAAAUGCUAAGAAUAUGAAACUUUCAUUUAGCAGUAAGAACAGAAGAAUGCCAAAAAGAAAAUAGAAAAGACAAGAAGGACAUCAGCACGGGGGAAAAUGAAAAUACUCAACAAAUUCAAUUUGUUGCCUAGUUUAAAAUUUAAUUUAAAUGUAACAACACUAAACACACACCCACACACACACGAACACACACACACUGACACGCCCAUAAACUAAUAACAACGCAAACUUUUCUAGGCGCAACGUUUUGACAUCGACUAGCGUCGCACCCACACAAACACGAGCACAUAUCCUUCCACCCACACAAACACAGCAUCACACUCACCCACCCACACACACACGCACACACACAAGCCCAGAAGAACUCACAGAAGGAACGAGCCAGGAUUCAGAGCCAGAAGUCCAACUUUCCUUUCACGUCCAUGAAAUCAAUUGUAAAAAGUUAAGACAUUUCGUUGAAGUUUUUGGUACCAAAAGAAACAUUUUGUGAACUCGAAAAAAUAGAGAUAAUAGCUAAACUGAAACUGUUUAUAGACCUAACAAUUAUUGUGACUAGCUAUAAUAUACAUAUAUUUUUUGUUACCAAUGAAUUAAUAAAAACAGUUAUUAUCUUGAGAGUAAA